UAUUUUUUUUUUUUACUUAAAAUCAUUUGAAAAGGAAACUUUAUGUCACUAGCAUAAUGGAAGACCAGAAUCACUUGAUAUGAGCAGAAGGCAACCGGAAGAAUAAACAGGAUGAUAGUAAUGCCACGUGAUUAGUUAGAUCCCAGGCUCUGAGCUGAGGUUUGCUCUCUAUUUAAAAAAGAAAGAGGGGGUGGGGGGGAUUUGCAAGUGUUAGAAACCUGUUAACACAUGAUGAUACCAAAGGGAGACCUCCUGGAAAGGGAAAUGAAAAAGAGGGUAACUUUCUCCCUCUUGAUUUAAAGUUCUGAGUUUGAGUUCCUCUCUGGGAUAUAUCCCAGACUGGGAUGUGGAGUUCCUAAUCUCCCUGGUUUACUUGGCCCAUUCAUUUGGAAGCCACUGUGACUCUUCCCUUGAAGAGGGGGAGGGAAUCCGUGCCUUGGAAACCUGUGAGAAGAAGUGGGGGUGGGAGGUGGGGCUGAAAAGGGAGGUAGCCCCGCCCCCUCUGCCCUCCCCAGGACCAGAUAAUGGCUUCCUUUUGGGCUCCCUGUGUUUGUGGGUGGUCAUAGGAACUCCCCACCAUCACCAUUGGAGCAGAAUUGUAAGGUAGGGCCUCUGGGAGGGUGCCGGAGCCAAGUGACAUCCACUCUGUGCCUGCCUGCAUGUUAGCUAGUCAUGUCCUUUUGGGUUGGCUUUAUGGCUAUUUCUGUAUAGGAAGGUUUGCUCUUCCUAAGCGUGGCUGCAUUGGAUAGCAUGACUAUCUAUCCACCCGCUCUGAUUCAUAACAGCAUACGGUGCAAAUCAAAUCGAAAUGCUAAAGUUUCCCAUUUAUUCGGUGUUGGUUAGCCAGGAGGCUACCAGCAGCCCCGCAGAUAGCAGCACCUUGUUAGGGAGUCAGCUCCCUUCCCAGGAUGGGCAGUUGGAACCUUUAAACGAGGGUUUUCUUUCUAGAAUCUCCGAUCUGCUGCUGUGCAGAUGGACUUUCAGGCAUUGCUGUCAGAAGUGUUAUGAGUCCAGCUGUUGCCAGUCGAGUGAGGACGAAGUUGAAAUUCUGGGACCUUUCCCUGCCCAGACUCCUCCCUGGCUGAUGGCCAGCCGGAGCAGCGACAAGGAUGGGGAUUCCGUCCAUACAGCCAGUGAAGUCCCUCUGACCCCAAGGACCAACUCCCCAGAUCGAAGAUGCUCAUCCUCAGACACAUCUAAGUCUACCUACAGCCUGACCCGGAGGAUUUCAAGUCUUGAAUCCAGACGACCCAGCUCCCCACUCAUUGAUAUUAAACCCAUCGAGUUUGGCGUCCUCAGCGCCAAAAAGGAGCCCAUCCAGCCCUCGGUGCUCAGACGGACCUAUACCCCAGAUGACUACUUCAGAAAGUUCGAGCCCCAGCUCUACUCCCUCGACUCCGACAGUGACGAUGUGGACUUUCUGACAGACGAAGAGAUCUUGUCCAAGUACCAGCUGGGCAUGCUGCACUUCAGCACCCAGUACGACCUGCUGCACAACCAUCUGACGGUGAGGGUGAUCGAGGCCAGGGACCUGCCGCCCCCCAUCUCCCACGACGGCUCGCGCCAGGACAUGGCCCACUCCAACCCCUAUGUCAAGAUCUGUCUCCUGCCAGACCAGAAGAACUCUAAGCAGACGGGGGUCAAACGCAAGACCCAGAAGCCCGUGUUUGAGGAGCGUUACACCUUCGAGAUCCCCUUCCUGGAAGCGCAGAGGAGGACCCUGCUGCUAACUGUGGUGGAUUUUGAUAAGUUCUCCCGCCACUGUGUCAUUGGGAAGGUCUCCGUGCCUUUGUGCGAGGUUGACCUGGUGAAAGGCGGGCACUGGUGGAAGGCGCUGAUCCCCAGUUCUCAGAAUGAGGUAGAGCUGGGGGAGCUGCUUCUGUCGCUGAAUUAUCUCCCAAGUGCUGGGAGACUGAACGUUGACGUCAUUCGAGCCAAGCAACUUCUUCAGACAGAUGUGAGCCAAGGUUCAGACCCGUUUGUGAAAAUCCAGCUGGUACAUGGACUCAAGCUUGUGAAAACAAAGAAGACAUCCUUCUUAAGAGGAACAAUUGAUCCUUUCUACAAUGAAUCCUUCAGCUUCAAAGUUCCCCAAGAAGAACUGGAAAAUGCCAGCUUAGUGUUUACAGUGUUCGGCCACAAUAUGAAGAGCAGCAACGACUUCAUCGGAAGAAUUGUCAUCGGCCAGUAUUCUUCGGGCCCCUCCGAGUCCAACCACUGGCGACGGAUGCUCAACACUCACCGCACUGCCGUGGAGCAGUGGCACAGCCUCAGGUCCCGGGCUGAGUGUGACCGUGUGUCCCCUGCCUCGCUGGAGGUGACCUGAGGGCUGCGGGAAAAGCAGCUUUCGUUUGUUUAAAAAAAAAAAAAAAAAAAAAAGGAAGAAAAUUUAAGACGGAAAAAAAUGUGUCACAUGCCUGUUACAUCCACACUUACACACUCACAACACACACACACACACACACACACACACACACAUCCUAAAUCCUCUCAGAACAGAGAGGAAGCUGACUACUGAACACAAAAUGGCUGCCCUCAAUGAGCAAGGCCUGAGAACUUUCUGGAAACCCCAUCUAUAUGUCACAAGCUGACUGGGCUCUGCCGUGAGACUCAUUGGCAGUGUUUGUUCCUGUUGAUACCCCUGCCUCAAAAUGCACUUUCCACCCUCAGGCCAGAGAAAGGGCCUCCUCACGGGCGCCAGCCUCCUUUGAGACGAAAUUCUGCAAGAGCGUGGCCACUGUGUGGGAGGCCCGACCCCCAUGUCCAAAAUGCACACCUGCUGACUGGGUGACUUCUGAGCAGGCCGCUGAUCCCUGGGGUUCUUCCAACCUGAUACCUUUCCCCCAAAGUGUAAGUACUUUGCCUUCUCUUUAGUGGACGUGAUAGAUUAGACUAUUUGGAGAAAACAAAUGGCAACAAAAAAUAUUCCAGUGUAAGAAACUUCCCUGGCUUCACUGAAUUUGUCCUUGUGUUAGCUUAUUCCUGGGGACCCCCUGUGGGUACGUGUGUGGAUGUUCUCACGUGGGUGCCCUCACAGGUGAACGUGUGUGUGUGUCCCCGUGUGUCCUCUUGGUGAGCACCUCUGUCCUGAGCUCUCCCUUCUCUCUGCCUCUCCCUGUGAAAUUUCACCCAGUGUCCUCCCGUCUGUCAAGACCCCACCUUCAGUAACAGCAUGUGCGUAUGUCAAGUAAAUAGAAUAUGAUAGAGCAAAAGUAACCUUCUUUGACCGAAUCCUGGUAACAGUGACACACAGAAGACCUGCAAAGGACAGUUACGCGGAUUAAAAUGGCCACCGCACCCCCCAUCCAAGAUGACUUCUUCCUUGUCAUACUCCGAGGAUCUCUCUGUGUUUGUGUGUGAACCAAAGUCAUUUUUCUCAUGCUAAGGAAUUAGUGUAGUUAGGCUAGAUCUCUCCCCGUUGGAUGCUUCUGUAUCUUUCCCACAGCCUAUUGUCUGGCAUAAUGGGGAGCUAUUUAUUGAAAUUAAAGAUUAUUUAUUUGUGCCAUGCA